AGUGAGAUGGACAGGAAUAAAAAACCUAUUGCUGUUACCAGGCUCCAACCAGACCUACUUACAGAAGCACAGCCCUGUAAUACAGGUGCAGAACCUCCCAAGAAGGAUGCCUUUACUUCUACAGAAUGUUAUGAAGAGCUGCUAAAUAAGAGAUGGCUGGAGGAAGACAGGUAUCGUAGGUUAGACGAUGAGAUUGAAUUAAGAAGUCGACUAUUAAAUAAAAGACUUGAUGAAGAUUUGGAUGUUCCCAAUCGAAGACAUCGUGGAUUUGCUAGCCAAUCUGUAAUUCCUAUUAGGAAGCAUCACAGACUUGAUGAGGAUCGUGAUUUUGGUAGAAGAUACUACAGAAUGGAUUAUGAUCCUGAGAUAAGUGAAGAAACGGACCCUAGAUUUAGAUGUGAAAGCGCUUAUGACAGAAAAACUCCCCGAGUUUUUUAUGCUGAAAGAAAUCAGGUACAAAUUAGUUCUUCAGCUAAUGAACAGGCCAAGUCUGCAGCUGAAACGCUGUAUGCAACAAGCCUCGUUCUUGGUGGUCAGGACCGAGAACUUCUCCAAAGGAAAAAAGAGAAAUACAGGCAAGAACUGAUAGAACAGAUGGCUGAGCAACAGCGAAAUAAGAAACGUGAGAAGGAACUUGAGCUCUCAGUUGCUGCUACUGGAGCUCGAGACCCAGAGAAGAUGCCAAAUAGAUUGAAGCAAUUUGGCUUGACAGUGAGAGCUUCUGAAGAGAAAGUACCUCCUGAAAGGCCUAGGGUGGCUUUCCAAACUCCGGUGCCCAUCCCCUCAGCCUCUCCAGUGAAUGAAGACUUUCACAGGGGGCUGGCGAGCACCCUUGGUGAAAUAGCAGCUCCCAGGCUUGCACCGAUGCCGCCACCGCCUCCACCACCAGUUUUGACAGACAACUACAGAACGCCUUAUGAUGAUGCAUAUUACUUUUACGGGGUUAGGAAUCCUUUGGAUCCCAAUCUUGCAUAUUAUGGUACAGGUAUGAUGGGAAUGCAACCCACUCCGAAUCUGGAUCCUCCUUUAGGCCAAGCCCCAGCAGAGCACUCUGUAAGUAACAUGGGACAGAGGAAUACAGGAGACAGACAAAGAAGCAUAGGAGUAUUUUCUGAAGAAAAACCAAAGCCUUCCAAAGAGGCAACUUUAUCUUAUCAACAAGAAUUACAACAGCAGAUACGAGAAAGAGAGGAACGACGGAGACAAGAGAAAGAAGAGAAGGAACGCUAUGAAGCCAAGUUAGAAGCAGAAAUGAGGAAUUACAACCCCUGGGGAAAAGGUGGUGGCGGUGCUCCUCUCAGGGAUGCAAAAGGAAAUCUGAUAACGGACUUGAAUAUGAUGCACAAGCGAAACGAAGAUGCAUAUCAUAAUCCAGAGGCAAGACUAUAUGAAGAUAAAAGGGCUAUUGUAUCUGUUGACCUAAGUUUGGCCUCCCCAAGACCUGAGAACACAGAAGCAUCUACAAAUAAAAUAGCAGGUUUUACAUUUGCACAGACCUCUCCUUUUGCUCGAGGUAACGUGUUCGGUCAACCACCAUCUCCACAGCAACUUAAGCGACAGGAGUCGUACAAGAACUUUCUUCGUCUGCAGAUUGAAGAAAAGAGACGUAGGGAAGAAGCAGAGCGAGAAAAACUUAGAAUGGAAGAAGAAAAAGAAGAAAAACGAAUAGCUGAACAGAGGAUGAGAAUUCAAAAAGCAUAUGAAGAUGAACAAGAAGAGAGAAGAAAGAAAGAGGAGAGGCGAAGACUGAAAAAUAAAGAAAUAAUUCGAUUAGAUGAAGAGAGGAAAAAAGAGGCAGAAAAAAGAAGGAAAGAAAAAGAAGAAAAGCGAGAAGAACUUAGACAAUAUUUUGAGAAAGAAAAGACGGAAGACGAAAAGAGGAUGUUUUCAAGGCAGCCUUCUCCUGUCAUUUUUUUUCUUCAGAACAAAUCGAUAAGAAAAGAAGAAAGGAUUCCUUCAGCUGAGAGCCAUAUAUCUUACUAUGCACAAGAUCCCCCUCAACCGAGGGUUCCGUCUCCACCUGUCCCUGCUAGAAGAAAUCAGUUGCGUGCGCUUGAGGAAAGAAAGAAUGUGAUAAAUGAAUUAUCAGAGAUGAGGAAACAGCUUCGUAGCGAAGAGAGGCGACUGCAGGAACAAUUGCUAAAUGUGUCUGGUGAUGAUGAUGUACCAAUUACACGGAGGAGAGAGAAGAAUCCAAAGGACAUAUUUGAGAUGGCCAGGCUUCGUCUGCAGGCUCCAGUAAGACGACCUUCAUCAAAGGAGGCACAAGAUCCCGUCAAUAUACAGAAUAUCUGGGAAUUUAAUGAACUUAAAUACAAAGAUUCUGAAACGCGUAUGGGCUUAAGGCACAUGUAUCCUGAUCCUCCAAAAGAUGACCAGACUCUAGAGAUUCAACAGCAGGCACUGUUGAGGGAGCAGCAGAAGAAACUUGACAGAAUGAGAAUGAGGAGAGAAACAGAUGAUGAUUCUGCUUCUGGUGGUAACGCACAAACCAUGGGGCUGUUCAGGAAUGAAUCUAAUGAAUUCUUGAAAAAUUCACUGUUGGAAUCAGAUAGCACUUUUAUUGGUGCUAAUGGGGAAACGUUUCCUGCCUUAGAAGAAGUUAAUUUAUCACCACAGCUUCCACCCUCUGCAAGGGAGAGGAGACGAAUAAAGCAGAAAGCGUUGGAGUGUGCUGAGGAUGUUCCUUGGGGCCAGACGCCGCUGCUGCAGCCUGACAGCUUUUCUCCGCGCUCGAGCUUCAGCCUCGACGUUGAUCAGCUGAAAGGCAAGAAUGAGGAACGACUGCGCAGACUGACUGAGCUCCAGCAGAAAUCUGCUUACUUGGGUGAUAACACUUCCUUAGGCGAAGCAGAUGACCUUUUGAAGCACGCUCCAUCCAACGCUGGCAGAAGGCCCAGUUCUGUUGACACAGUUGCAACAGAGCCCUGGCUGCGACCAGGAACUUCAGAGACACUCCAAAGGCUCAUGGCUGAACCCUCAAGCCCAGCAAAGCUCUCCCCUGAAACCAGGCUCCCGCUUAGCUGGCAAGGCCUCUCAACUGCCCACGGCUGA